GAGUAAAUAAACGCAGCGAGAAUCCCGGAUUUGGACUCCCGCCUGCAGCCUUCUUGCCGGGGGUGGAGUGGAGAUAGGAAGAACUGAAAGUGAGGCGGGUUCCGUUCGUGGACCGACGGCGCUGCUGCUGGCUCGGCCUUGGACUCGGCGGCCCUGGUUCCGCCGUCUUAAGGGGCUCGGCUCGGCUCAUGAGGAACAGGAAGGACUGAGGAGGCCGACAUGUCCGACAACGGCUUUGACCGGACUCCUGGCGCGGGUCGAGGCCGAGGCAGAGGCAGCAGCCCGCUGGCUCCCGAGAGCGGGGCCGGCUUGGGCAUAGGCGUCGGGAGCUUCGGCGGCCCGGAUCAGCUCCUCAGGCAAAGCUUCCCGCGCCAUCAGGAGCCGCUUCGGCCGCCCAAAACAUCCCCGCCGGGAAGCAACGGCGCCUCAGAACACCCAAAACCUUUACCAGAAAAAAAUUGUUCUGUAACCACAAUUCCUAAACCUCAAGUGGUCGUGGCAUCAGUAGUAAUUUCAAAGCUGUCGGUGGAUGCUCCUGAAUUUUACCCUUCGGGAUAUUCCCCUAAUUUGACUGAAUCUUCUAUAGAAGAUGGUUGCAAUGGAUAUGCAUCUUUAACAGAAUACGUUCAGGAUUUUCUAAAUCACCUUGCAGAACAGCCAGCCUGCUUUGAAAAUGAAAUAGCACAUUUUUCAGAAACUUUAAAUGGCUGUGUCACUACAGAUGAAGCGUUACAAGAACUUGUUGAACUCAUUUACCAACAGGCUACAUCUGUCCCAAAUUUUUCCUAUAUGGGGGCAAGACUGUGCAAUUAUCUUUCUCAUCAUCUCACCAUUAAUCCACAAAGUGGCAACUUUAGACAGUUACUGCUUCACAGGUGUCGGAAAGAGUAUGAAAAUAGAGAUGAAGCAGCCAAAGGUGAUGAAGCUGUACGGAAAAGAUUUCAUGCAUUUGUGCUAUUUUUAGCUGAACUCUAUCUUAACCUAGAGGUUAAAGGAACUAAAGGUCAGCUAACAAGAGCAGAAAUUCUUCAGACUGGACUUCACGAAUUGUUAAACACACUUUUUUCUAAUCCUGUGGACAACAAUUUGAUCUGUGCAGUAAAGCUACUGAAAUUGACAGGGUCAGUGCUGGAAGACUCAUGGAAAGAAAAAGGAAAGACAUACAUGGAUGACAUAAUACAGAAAAUUGAAAAUGUCGUCUUGGAUGCAAAUUGCAGCAGAGAUGUAAAGCAUAUGCUUCUGAAACUUGUUGAACUGCGAUCAAGCAACUGGGGAAGGGUGCAUAUAACUUCAACAUAUAGGGAAGCAACUCCAGAAAAUGACCCUAACUACUUCAUGAAUGAACCCACAUUUUACACAUCUGAAGGUGUGCCUUUCACUGCAGCAGAUCCAGAUUAUCAAGAGAAGUAUCAAGAGCUUCUUGACAGACAAGAUAUGUUUCAAGGGUAUGAGGAAAAUGGAGCUGAUUUAUCAGGAGCUGGAGAUCCGUAUUUCGAUGAUGAUGACGACGAAGAGAUGGACCCAGAAAUCGAAGAAGCCUAUGAGAAAUUUUGUUUAGAAUCAGAGUGCAAAAGAAAACAGUGAAACCAUGCACACAGAUUAUUGUUUUAAGCAACCAGCAUAGGUAUGAAUAGCGAGUAGCGAGGAUGGAAAAGUCUUGUCAUAUCCAUACCAAACAAAGGAAAUUAAGUUUCUCUAAGUACGCAACUUAUGCAAUAUAAUUUUGUUAAACAGAAUCUGCCAAAAAAGUGUAAACUUAAAACUCUGUAACUUAAACAAUAUGUAUAUAUCAUAGUUUAUUUUAUGUACAGUUAAAUAAAGUGUUUUGGCUGGAACAAAUUUUAUUUGAUACAUGUCACAUUAAUAUAACAUAUAUGAGGUUUGUCUUAUUAAAACAGCCACACUUCUUUUUUUGCAAUUAAAAGCCCUUGAAUCAUAAAGUACAUUUUGACUUGCUUUUUGGUAUGUGUUUGUACUGCCUCUCCUUUGUAUAGAGCAUAGCUUUUCAUCCCAUACUUUUUAGGCUCCUAGAACAGUUAGCCAACCUUUUUUUACAAAACUUUUCCCAAUUGUGAACAUUGUAAUCACUUCCGUCUGUUCCUCCCAGAAAUUUUGAAAAUGUGCAAGCAAACAAGGACUGUUCUCAAAUGGGUGAGGUAUCUGCAGAGCAAUUUUUUUGCUCACUUCAUGGCAUUUUAAAAUCAAAUGUAUGUUAGAGGUUCCCAAGAAGUUAAAAAAAAAUCUAUGUAAAGGUAACACAAGCUGUAAAUAUGCAUGUAAAUAGUGCUGUUUAAUAAUGCACUGUUAUAACUUAGUACAAUUUGUGUCACUGCAGUUAGCAUCAUCUACAUCUUCUGGCUGUUCAUUUGUUUAGCUUAUUAACAUCAGAUUUUUGAAAAUAAACUGUUUUGUUGGGUAUACUUUCA